AAACAGUUUAUCCGCAACGUUCGUGCGGCCAAGACGAUCGCAGACGAGCGAGCUGUGAUCCAAAAGGAGAGCGCCGCCAUCCGUACCAGCUUCCGAGAAGAGACGCAUGACCACAAUGUCCGUCGCAACAAUGUGGCCAAGCUACUAUACCUCUUUACGCUCGGUGAGCGCACGCAUUUCGGUCAGAUCGAGUGUCUAAAACUGCUGGCGUCGCCACGGUUCGCCGACAAGCGCCUGGGACACCUCGCAACUAGUUUGCUCCUCGAUGAAAACCAGGAGGUGCUGACGCUGGUGACCAAUUCCUUGAAAAAUGACCUUGGACACUCUAAUCAAUAUGUUGUCGGGCUCGCCCUGUGCACUCUCGGAAACAUUGCCUCGGUCGAAAUGUCGCGCGAUCUCUUCCCGGAAAUCGAAAACCUCAUCUCCACGUCCAACCCUUACAUCCGACGCAAGGCGGCCCUUUGCGCUAUGCGCAUAUGUCACAAGGUUCCUGACCUCCAGGAGCACUUUAUUGAAAAGGCUAUCCAGCUCCUGUCCGACAGAAACCACGGUGUCCUUCUCUGCGGUCUGACCCUGGUGACGAGCCUCUGCGAGGCCGACGAGGAGGAAGGCGGUGGGGAGGGCAUGGUGGAAAAGUUCCGCGCAUUCGUCCCCGGCCUCGUCAAGACGCUUAAGAGCCUCUCUACUUCGGGAUAUGCACCGGAGCAUGAUGUCACUGGAAUCACCGACCCCUUCCUCCAAGUCAAGAUCCUGCGCCUCCUGAGGGUUCUGGCCGUGGGCGAUGCCGAGACGAGCGAGCAGAUCAACGAUAUACUGGCCCAAGUUGCCACCAACACGGACUCGUCCAAGAAUGUCGGUAACUCUAUCCUGUAUGAGGCUGUCCUAACUAUUCUCGAUAUCGAAGCCGACUCGGGCCUGCGCGUCUUGGGUGUCAAUAUCCUGGGCAAGUUCCUCUCUAACCGCGACAACAACAUCCGCUACGUCGCUCUCAACACGCUCAUCAAAGUCGUAGCCAUUGAGCCCAACGCCGUCCAGAGGCACCGCAACACUAUCUUGGAAUGUCUCCGGGACCCUGAUAUCAGCAUCAGGCGACGGGCCUUGGACCUGAGCUUCACCCUCAUCAAUGAGAGCAACGUGCGCGUGCUCAUCCGUGAGCUCCUGGCUUUCCUUGAGGUGGCCGAUAACGAGUUCAAGCCUACCAUGACGAGCCAGAUUGGCAUUGCUGCCGACAGGUUUGCCCCCAACAAACGCUGGCACUUUGACACGAUGCUUCGGGUCAUGUCUCUUGCUGGGAACUACGUCAAGGAACAGAUCCUCUCGUCAUUUGUGCGCCUCAUUGCCACGACGCCUGAGCUGCAGACAUAUGCUGUGCAGAAGCUGUACUUGAACCUUAAGAAGGACAUCACCCAGGAGAGUUUAUCCCAGGCUGGAGCAUGGUGCAUCGGAGAGUACGCCGACGCGCUCUUGAGGGGCGGACAGUACGAAGAGGAGGAGCUAGUCAAGGAAGUCAAGGAGAGCGACAUUGUUGACCUGUUCAACCUCAUCAUGAACAGCAGCUACGCGACCCAGGUGGUUAGCGAGUACAUCAUAACGGCCCUCAUGAAACUGACGACGCGCUUCUCGGACCCCGGGCAGAUUGGCCGCAUCCGCAACAUGCUCGAGCAGCACCAGACCAGCCUCGAUGUCGAGGUGCAGCAGCGUGCGGUCGAGUACGGCAACCUGUUUUCCUUUGAGCAGAUCCGACGGGGUGUGCUGGAGAAGAUGCCGCCCCCCCAGAUCAAGGAGGAAUCCCGAGUUCUGGGCCCGGCCACGACCAAGAAGUCCAAGGCCGCCAACCGCAAGUCCAAGAUCAUCAAGCCCUCGGAGCAGGAUCUCCUGGACCUCAUGGACACACCUUCGAUGGAGAUUACCAGCUCAGCACCCUCAACCAACAACUCGGAUCUGCUGGCCGACAUUCUCGGCGGCGGCCCUGCCUCUCCCGGUCCCGUGUCUCCGCCUCUGCAGCAGCCGUCGAGCAACAUCAUGGACCUGUUCGGAUCGGGUGGUGGCGCCUCGGGGACAUCGUCCCCGGCCCCUCAGACGUCCAACUUUGACCUCGUGGGAAGUGUCUCUACCCCGCCACCCCAACAGCAGCAGGCCCCCGCGGCUCCCACCGUCGGUGGCCAGCCCUGCUACAACGGCCACGAUCUCAACGUGACAUUCCACACCCAACGCAACGCCGAGGGCAUGAUCCAGGCCACGGCACGCUUCCAGAACACCUCUACUGGAGCGUCCCUGACCAACGUCGGUCUCCAGGCUGCCGUGCCCAAGUCGCAGAAGCUGCAGCUCCAGAGCAUAUCUUCAUCGGAUGUAGGACCUGGAGCCGAGGCUACACAACUUAUGAGAGUGUCUGGAUGCAAGGGGCCUCUCCGAUUGCGUCUGCGCAUCUCGUUUACGCACCCUAGUGAUGGACCGGUGCUGGAACAGGUCAACUGGACGGAGUCA